AUGUCUCAAUCAAUUGCAGUGCCCAGGGCACGAUGCACCCAUGCUACUGAUGAGGCUGUAACCUGUCACUGUCCAUUGUUUAAUGCUCCUUCGUCGCUGUCCCAGGAUCAGCUCAUCUGUGUUGACUGUGGACACGGUGUCCAUGCACAUGUCGACUACGAGUCAAAGGUGGUCUACCAUAACCCCACCACUCAUUGUGUGGCAUUUGCGCAAAAGGCAUAUAAAUCACAGGCAUGUACUUGCACCAUACAGCUUUUCGACCAUGAGCCCAUCGUGAACGCAUAUCGUUCGAUCUCGGUGCCCCACAGCCCAGUUCCCCCCACGAACAGUCUCAAUAACAUCCCUCCUUCUAAUGCCAAUGCAGCGGGACUCUCCUCUGGCAACGCCAUCUUUGCUAUUACCUCAACUCCCAUUCCUUCCAUCAAUAUUGACUCUUACAGUCCUGGAGACAUCAAUUCCAUGCUUCACGCUCCCGUUCCUGUCACAUUUCAGUCUAACAGUGUCCUCCAUUUCUCCCAGGAUGAUGCUUACGCUUUCGUCUCUGACCAGCAGUCAGAUGGCGCGUCCCUGGUGACUGGCUUCCCCAUCGUCCACCACGCGCCCGAGGGUUAUUAUGAUUACCAAGGCCAUUCUUUCGAGAUGCAUGGUGCACCAUCUGCAGGCGCGUAA